UGACAAACUUGCAGUUAACUUCACUAUAUAAACAUCUCCCGCCCAAUUCUUCACAUUUUAUAAAAAUUUAUGUAUCGUUUAUUAUUUUUUGUAUAACCUAACUCACAAAAUAAAUAAAUAAAUAAAUAAAAAUCAACAAGGAUAUCUUGUUUAAUAAAAAAAUAAAACGUCCAGGUUAAUUAAAAAUCAAGAUGAUUAUUAAAUUAGACAGUAUUAUUAAUUGUUCAUCAGAACAUCCUGAUUAUCCUGCAUCAAAUUUGUUAAAAAAUCCAUCACCAGGACCUUGGAAAUGUGAAAAACCUGGUGAAAUGAUGACAUAUGUUAUAUUUAAAUUACCAGAGGCAUCAAAUAUAACUGGUGUUGACAUUGGUAAUUAUCGUUGUUGUAUUGUCAUUGUAACUGGUUCAACAUCAGAUGAUCCAGACAAUUGGAUACCAAUUGUAAAUCAUCAAUUUAUGACUCAUGAUGAAGCAGCAAAUAACAAAUGGAAAGAUCAAGUACAAUUAUUUACAAAAAAAGAAAUAAGUUCAACAGCUCUAAAUACAAAAUUUGAUAGAAUAAAAGUAACAUGCAUGCAAUCAGCAAAUGGUAGAGAAUUAUUUGGUUUAUUAUUUUUAAUUCUCAAAACAGAAGUUACUCUUGUUGAUAUUAAUGCUGAUGUUUUUGGUAAAUUUACAAUGAAAACAACUGAUGACAAAGAAAUUAAAACAACAUUCAAAGAAAAAUAUUUGCGUUUAUUUCCAAGUCAAAAAACAAAUUAUAAAGAUGAGCUAAAAGAAAAAGUCAAAGAAAAUGCAUUGGAAAAUUUUAAUAAACGUCAAGAAGAACCAAAAGAACCUAAAAAAAGACCUCUUCUUGAAAAAUUAGAAGCCGGAUUGAGUGAUGAAGUGUUUGGUACAAAAAAAAAUGAUAAAGUUGAUAAUCAAACUCCAGUUAAAAGAACACCAUUUGGUGAUAUUAUACCUGAUGAAAGCAACAAAAAAUUAUCAGUUAAAAAAGUUGACAAUGAAUCAAAUAAAAAUACAUCAAAAGAUGAUGAUGUUGUUAAUGUAGCUAAAAAAAUAAUUCCACAAGAUCCAAAAGAUUUGAAAAAAAUUAAAUACAGUGAUGUUAUUGAUGAUGACAGUGAUGAUGAUGAUGAUGCUGAAGAAACAAAAACAUGGACUAGAAUAAAAAAUAAUGUAUCAGAUGAUGAUGAUGAUAAAGAUGAUGAUGAUGAUUCAGCUAAAAAAUGUUCAGUAUGUUCUGAUGAAGCAUCAAAUAGAGUAUGUAAAAAAUGUAAUAAAUAUCCAAAAAAUAAUAUGAAUGAAUCACCACCUUCUAAAAAAGUAAAAAUAACUAAAAAAUUAUCAAAACCAUUUGAUAAAUUAAUGGAAGAUGUUAGUUUUUCAUUGAGUGGUUAUAAAAAUCCUCAACGUGAUGAAAUAAGAAGAAAAGCAUUAAAAAUGGGAGCAAAAUAUAUACCAGAUCCUGAUAAAAGAAAUAAUAAAUGUUCACAUUUAAUUUGUGCAUUUAAAAAUACACCAAAAGCUGAUUUAUUAAGAGGACAUACUAAAAUUGUAUCACAUGUAUUUAUUGAAGAUACAUUUGAUAAUAAAAACAGAUUUUCAUGGAGACGAUAUGCAUUGAGUAGUAAGGAUAAAAAACAACCAGAAAGUGAAGAUGAAAUUGAAUGUGCUAGUUUAAAAAAAAAUGUAUAUGAUCAAGAGACAGAUCCAGAAUCAAAUUCUGAUUGUGAUUAUUGAGUGGUCCUAUUAAUUUACUUGUUUAUUUAUUUGUUCAUGAGUUUGUUGAUUCAUUUGAUGAUCAAUAAAUUGACUUUUGUAUUGUACAUUAUUAUUUAUUCAUGUCCAGGAUGUGUCCAAAAUUGUGACAAUUAAAAUAAUAAUGUGACAACGAAAAUUGAUGAAGAAAAUCUUGAUAAAUCUCGUGAAAAUGCUGGUAUUGUUGGUGGCUCAUCUUCAAUUCAUUUACUAUUCGAAUCGGUAUCAAGUAAAUUGUCAUCAAUAAAAAAUUUCACAAUACUAUUAUUUUGAAUAAUGAUUAUUCUUUAAUAUUGUAAUUACAAAAAUUUAAUUUUUAUUAUCAAUUAAAUAACAAAUACAAAUAUAAUAAA